AUGCUUGCAGAGCCACUGUCUUUGACAGUGCUGCCCUUCUACAGACCUGAUCCUGAAGACCUUAUGCAGCUCAGGUAUUCCACUGAGGAUUGUUCCUUUGAAGAGGAGAUUCGUCCAGAUGGCUACAAUGUCUAUAAAUCCAAAAAACAUGGAAUAUCAGUGUCUUUGAGUAGCGCCAAGCAGAGACAGCAGUUCAAAGGAAAAGAUUUUCUCCCACUGUCUCACUUCUUGCCUAUGAUCAACACUGUGCCUGUGGAGUCAACAGACUUUGGGGAAUAUGGUGAUUACAGCCAGGCCUUUGAGCCAGAGGUCUACUCCUCACCUCUGGAAACAGACAGCAUGGACCCCUUUGGCAUCACCUCCAAGCUCUCGCCAAGUGAAUCUGUGACAAUAAAGAGGCGUUUUAACCAAGCAGGCCGGCAUGGCACGCUGAGGCCUAGCUUGGGUGUUUGCAGCAAAACCAUUGACAUCUCGGGGAUACGCAACAAAAACACACCGAGUGAAAACCAGGGGUGUCUCAGGUUUCAUGGUGAGGGGUAUCAGGAGGGGUAUGCUGAAGGCAGUCAAGCUGGAGUUGCUGAGGGAAGGAGGUAUGGAUCACUCCAUGGUGCCAAGAUUGGCUCUGAGAUUGGCUGCUACCUGGGGUUUGCACUGACGUGGCACUGUCUGCUCCAGAAAUGCACAGAUGAAAAGAGCAGCAAAAAGAUGAGGGCUCUGGAUUCAUUAAUAGGGAUGGUUCAGAAAUUCCCAUAUGAGGACCCCACUUAUGAUAAGCUGCAAGAAGAUCUGGAAAAAAUCAGAGGAAAAUUUAAACAGGUUUGUUCAAUGCUAAAUGUUCAGUCUGGUUUUAGAAUUGGUACUGAAAGAUCUUCACUAACAUUUUGAAUGUAACAGAUGAAGAUAAGCAUGGAUGACCAAGGAAGAAACAUUUAAAAACCCCAGAUAACUGGAACAGUGUUUUUCUACUCUUAACUUAAACAAAACCAAAAUAGUG